GUUAUGCCUAUCUACCGAUUUUUACACUUAAAAUUUUUUGUUUCGGUCUUGGAUGUUUUGAAAUUAACAACUUUUUAGCUUCAUUUUUAUAUAUAAUGGUGCGGUUCAUGAUGGAAGCUUCGGGAUGGUUAUUUGGGGGUUCGUUUCGUGACUUUUUUAACAGAUACAUUGUUUUGAAUGGCAUUGUUGCAUCAUAGCUGGGAAUUGGGGGCUUUCUCCUGUGAUUGAAUGGAAUUUGUUGAAUUAGGUUAAAUCUGAUUCGAAAUGUGAAUUGGUUGAUGUCAUAGUGAACAGUGCAGUACAAUUGGUGAUUCCCGUAAGUACGUGAUAGUCUCGUUUGGUUUUUAGUUUAACGUAAUAACUUGAGUUCCUAGAUUGAGUUCAUAUGUUUGUUCUGAGGUAAUCAGUUCAGUUCUAUCCCAAUAUUGGAAUUUUAGUUUAACUAGCAAUUAAGGUCACUGGUCAUCAGUUUUCAGCACAUAUAGACUUCUCUACCUGUUAGCUGCUAUAUUCAAACAUCUACUAAGAAAUGCUAAUUUGUGUUGGUUGACUCGUCCAUUGUUCCAUCUCAUAUUGAAGCUGCAGUCCAAGCUGUAAGAUCAAAACCAUGGCCCAACCAACUAGGUUGGUUUGUAAGUCACUGCAGCAUCCUAACUCAUAUACUGCUGCUAUACAUCAAGGCGCCAACCAUCAUAAAAAAGGCAACCAUCGUCAUAUAAAGUUAUCUCAAAACAGAUUGUGGCAGCCUUUGGGUGGAACAGGCUGCACUUACAUUGGAUCAAAGGGAUCUUUUUGGGCAUGUCAAUCAACUGAGACACACAAUGCUGAAACGAGGGAGCACGUAAGACAUUACAGUGAUUGUUCAAACAUCUCCAGUCAAAGUGAAGAUGAUCAUUCUGUUGUUGGAGUUGGAAAGAUUGUCCCUUCAAGGAAUGGAUUAGCUCAAGCACAUGAAUUUGCUUGCAACGAUGCAAAAUUUGUUAAUGAAAGGGCUAAAGAUGACAUCGUACUUCUUUCCCGAAGCAUCGCGAGGUUGGAUGCUCGCGCACGGCAAGACGUUGCAUUUCUUGGGUCAGAGUUCCUUAAGCUUGAUGCCCGGGCAAGAGAGGAUGUUGAGAAAAUUGAUUAUGAUGUAAAGAGGAAAGCUGAAAGGCUUCGUUAUAUUACCACUCUUUUGAAAAACGAAGCUCAAGAUAAAUUGAGAACUGCUGCUGAUAAGCACUGGAGUGAUGGUGCAUUAGAGGCUGACUUGAAGCUAGCCGAUGUUGUUGCCAAGCGGCGUGCAAUGGAGGAUUCUUUAAUGGCUUUGGAGUUUGUCAAGAACAUUCAUGACAUGAUGGUUAAGAAAAUCAGGAGAAGAGAUUCCACAAACACCUGUAAGGCCAUGAGUCACAUUACACUCGAAAAGAAUGGCGAAACCCUCGACUUCAUUCCUGGUGAGGUAUCUCCCGCCCGAAUUAGUGCUAUCGAGGAAGCAUAUAGAAGCAUAGCUUCUGCACUCUCUGAAGCUGAUGGAAUCGACUAUGCUGAUCCGGAAGAGCUGGAGCUGGUGGUGGCGACACUUAUUGAUCUCGAUGCCAUGGAUGGUAAAAGCACCGUUUCUCUAUUGGCAGAGUGUUCGAAUUCUUCGGAUGUCCGAACAAGGAAGGCGUUGGCCAAUGCAUUAUCAGCUGCGCCGUCGAUGUGGACUCUUGGAAAUGCCGGCAUGGGAGCUUUGCAAAGAUUGGCGAACGACAGCAACCCUGCGAUUGCUGCUGCUGUGUCGAAAACAAUACUCGAGUUGAAGAAACAGUGGGAAAUUCAAGAGGGAGAUACCUGGAGGUUCAUGAUGAACGAAAAAUCGAACGACGACGACGACGAGGGAGAUGACAAUGAAAUGAGGACUAAGUAGGAACGACUAUCUUGCUCAAAGGGGUAACUUUUAGUUUAGUUAUGUUAUCGUUUCUAUGCUUAUAAUUGUUUGUUUGUUUUGAUUUGAUUUAUUAUUGUUGAAAAUCCAUUUGAACACAAAUUUAAGUGCCUAA